AUGGCUUCCCGUAUACACGAAAUUACAGUCGGCUUUCUCUAUCAACACUUUAUUCGUCUAUUCGAUCAAGUCUUUUCCAAGACUCAGCGUGAUCGAAUUACGAUAUGUACAAAUCUUAGAGUGAAUGGUUUUACCGAAGAGUAUCGGAGUUCAAUCAAAACCCCAGAUAUCGGAAUUUUUGUGAGAAAUGACGACAAUACUCAAGAUGAGCUUAAAUGGGCCCUUGAGAUUGGCUUCUCUCAAAAGUAUGACGAUCUUCAGGAUGACCUUCGACUCUGGCUUGUCGGUCAACCAGCGUGCUCUAUGGCCGUUCUCAUCAACAUCACAGAAAGCCCAGAUUACCAAUGCCCACUUGAUUUCGACUUGGCUAUCUGUGACGAACUUGAUACCCCUCAGGAGGGGGCUCAGAUUACAGCAAGAGAGUUCUCUCUUGAGGGAGAUUACGGCCCAGUGAUGUUCAAAGGAUACCAGUGGGUAGGACGAAUCUCUGAAGUAUUUCUGGAGAUCUGGACCCGCAACCCUAGAACUGGGGAUUUAAGACGAAAAGGAAGACGAAUGCCGAUUAUCCCUCCAUCAGAACCAUCUCCUCAACUUGAUCUCGCCGACUUUCUAUUUGACGAUAAUCCUCAAAUGACCUUCUUCGACUGGGACGACUUCCGAGCGAAACUAAAGGACAGCCUUCGAUUCCUGGCCGUUUGGAGGUGCCGUGAGUGGCUUCGAAUUAGCCAGCAAUGUGCAGGCUCAGCCGGCGACAGAUCUUACAGCUCUCGUGCUCAACAGUAG